UAUUACUCAUUCUUGUGGCGUAUCGCCGGGUUUGACUAUUCUAUACAUAAUAUAACACAUAUUUUGAAGAUUUUGUGGCAAAUUUACUUUUUUCAACUUCAAAAUGUCUCUUUUUGCACGGACUACUGAUAGAAGAAGUAUUAUUGAAGAAUUUCAAUUGAGGGAGGAUGAAGUUGUUGCUGCAAUAGCCAAGCAACAUGGUUGUUCACCAAAACUUGGCCUUGAUGGCGAUAAGAAGGUGAGACGAGAAAUUGCUAACAGCAAUGAACGACGUCGCAUGCAGAGUAUCAACGCUGGAUUCCAGUCACUACGCAAUCUUAUUCCACACCAUGAGGGGGAGAAACUUAGCAAGGCGGCCAUCUUGCAGCAGACGUCUGAGCAUGUGCACAACCUGGAGCAGGAGAAGACGAAGUUGCUGGCGCAGAAUGCGCACCUCAAGAACGUGCUCAUGGAGAUGGAGCGGGUCCAGGAGGAAGCUUACAACGGGUCACCGCCACCCAAACGCAAGAAACGCGACACAGAAUCGUCUGACGAAGGCAUCAGUCUGGGCAGUUCGAUGGAUAGCAGUGAAGAUGCUGCGGAGGAGUUGCAGCGGGAGAUGAUUGAACUGCGCCGACAGCUCGACCAGGAGCGCUGGCUGCGCAUGAUGCUGGAGGAACGCACACGCGUCCUCGAGACCCAGCUCUACCCUGAACACCUGCGCCACCUCGCUGCACACGUGCAGGCACAGAUGCACAAGAAAGAUGACGCCGCUGUUGUGAAAGAACCAUGUACGAGAGAAGUCUCGCUCUCUGAUUCGGAGGAAAAAGUUGGUUCCGAUGUCACCCUACGAACAUCAAUGUCCCGUAAAAAUUUGGAAACAAUUGUGGAAGCCAUUCGUCACUUAGAAGGUGACAGGAUUUUGUUUGACGAACGUAAGGUGGACGAGAAACAACCCAUCGCUGGGAGCGAGGGGAGUGAAAAAGACUGCAGCGACCACGAGGGGAGCAAAUCGGACAGUUCAGGCCGGGACUCCCCCGUGUGCUACGCCAAGCUUCACUCGCUGACGAGUGUUUGUCACAAAACAUACACAGAGAACUACUCCAUGCAAAACAUUUCACUGAAUCACCCCAUCCCUCCACAGUACUACAGGCCAGGCGUCAUAGUGCACAAGUCUUGAGAAAGGGACCCAACUGUUAUGGACUGAGAAAACUUAUUAUUCCAGUGACGUCUUAAUUCAUUUCCUCGUGUUUGGAGCUCAUGUUCUCUUUUUUAGAGUGCUUCAUUUCAUUUGUGCAUUGCAGAACUCUUAUUAAUUAACACCUUCACCCCUCGAUGCCAUUUUGGACUAGUCGACAUGAAUAAAUUAAGACAGGACAGUGCAUUCAUCUAGUGGGUGAAAUGUUAUUGCAUUUGUUAUCAUGUAUCACCUCAUGAAUUGUACAGAUAAAUUAUUAACACUUUUCCCCCAUGGUGAUGUUUUGGACUAGUCGACCUAAAUAGAAUGGAUAGGAUAGUGCAUUCAUUUAGGGGUAAAAGGUUGUAUUUGUUAUUAUGGGUCCCCUAAUAAGGGCUUCACCCUUUAGGCCUCUGAGAAUUGAACAUUUGGUAAAUGGUUGCACAAAAAUAAAUUUAGGUAACUUUUUUUUUUGCUUAAUCUGUUAAUGACUAUGUAAAUGGUACACUAAAUUUUGCAAGAACAACAAUAGGUGAAGCAUCGCAUGAAUAAAACAAAUUAUUCUUGCAAAUUUUCAGAAGCCUUUUCCUUGGGGUUUUGGACUAGUCGACACGAAUCAAAUGGACAGAAUACUGCAUUCAUCGAGGGGUGAAACGUUAUUGCAUUUGUUAUCGGGUGUUACCUUACUGGACAUUGAUAAAUUAUUGACACUUUCACCCCUUGAUGCCGUUUUGGACUAAACUUAAUUAAUAGAAAGACCAGUCUAGUAUAUCCAUCUAGGUGUGAAAUGUUACUGCAUUACUUGUUUUCAUUUGUCACCUCAUUGUAAGUUGAUAAAUUAUUGAAGCUUUCAUCCCUUGGUGAUGAUUUGGACUAGCCGAUUAGAAUGGCCGGUAUGGUACAUCCAUCUCUGAGGGUGAAUUGCUACUGCAUUACUCGUUUUCACUUGUCACCUCAUUGUAUAUUGAUAAAAUUUCAUCCUUUUUCAUCCUUCAUGUAUAUUUGUAUAGUGAUUACAUAUCAUCAAUUCAUGUAAAUCAUCAUUCACUGAAUCAUUAUCAUCAUCUAAGUGAAAAUGUAUUUAAGUUACGAAUGAUUGUUGAUUUUUAUCAUCGAAAGAUUUAAUAUAUUUAUAUUUACCAAGAGCAUCAACUUUUGAUACAAAUUGUUUGUCGUAUCAUUUAUUCAUUUCAUUGUGUGUGAGAACAUACAUGACCUUGAAUGCUGUUCGCCACCAUGUUUGAUUCUGUAUUGGUCCUUAGUUUCACUAAAAGCAGAUUUCAUCUAUCAGGCUGCCACAUCUGUGCCAAACUGUAUUUCAUCCCUUCCAAAGAAAAAUGGAAGGUGGGUAAUUUGUACCCAUUUUUUAAUAUAUAUUUUUAAUGCAAAAAUAGAUACUCAUGCCUUAUGCAUUAGCUUCAUCAAUUUUUAAUAUAAAACAAAACAAUGAAGUACAUUUUAGUUGCUAUGUAGUACUUUUAUUAGUAAUACAAAGUCUACCUUUAGACCAUAUCUUCAUUAGAAAUGAGGCAUUUUAUUGUUGGGGUUUUCUGCUCUCUUUUUUUUUUCUUGGAUGAAUUAAUAAAACAAACUGAAUUUAAUCUCAUACGCUGAGAAAUUACCAUUAUAGUUUUCAGGUGGUUUAAUGAAAUUAUACAAGCUUUAUGAAUCUUUAAUUUUUAGUUAAUACAUGUCUUGUGAAAGCUUUAAUUAAAUUUAUAUAAAAAGAGUUAUUGGUCUUAAAUAGGUUGUUUUUCAAAAUGACUGACUGCUGUUCAGCUACUAUUACCCAUAUUUUGACAUUCACCAUAAGUGAAAAACAAAUUAAAUUGAAAAAAGAAAUUCAUAUCAGUUACAAAAAUCACAUAAGACUUGACCAGAGAAGUUUCAUUAAUUUUCUCAUACUACAUGUAUUCUUGUCAUUGAUAGCAGAAAACGUAGAUCCAGUCUUGGCAACAUUCCAGUAAAUUUAUAGAUUUCAUUAAUGUAUUGCCAUUUAAUUUUUUUUUUACUAUGAUAUAAUUGUCAAACUCCAAUGUAUAUCUAUGCAGGAAAUUGUAUUGUACAAUCAAAAUAUUUACAUUUUAAUCUGAGAGUGUGUGUGUUUACAGAGUAUGUCUUCUGGAUAGCACUUGGUGUUUUAUUCCAUGUGCCAAAGUGCUGUUCCAGUUAAGUGACUGAAUAUCAUGCCACACUUUUACAUCUGCCACAGUUUUAUUCAUAAAAUUAAUAUGCAUAUUGUUUCUGAAAAAUGUAUUGAAUUAUAUAUUUUUACACACAGAAAGUAUUCUUAUCCAAGCCUAGUGUUUGCAAUACAGCAGGAAAUAUACAUUAAAUAUGCAGUUUUAUUUUUCUGUUACGUAGCAGUUUAACAAACAAAAAUGAAAGAUGGAUAAUUUCUUGUAUGAUUGCAGGGUUUAUUCUGCAUCUCUCCAAUUCUCAAAAUUGUUAUCAGUUUGAUUGAUUUCAUUUUUUUAAAAAGGCAUAAAUUGUCUUAGAGAAAAAUUGUUAUAACGUAAAGGCUGUUACGUACUUGACAUUUGUAUGUAUAGCCCACACACAUGAGUAUUUUUCUUGAGAACGGGUUGCACGUGUGUUUGGUCACUUGAAAUAAGUUACCAGUGGUUCGAAACUUACUUUUUAAACUAAUUUUUGGAAUUAAUUUUGUUCUAGUACAACAGAAUUUUACCAGCCACAACCAUAAGUACUUGGUUAAAUUUGUUUCUGGGCCCAUUUUCAACUUUACAGGAAAAUGCUGUAUACAUGCAGACAUUCAUCCUGGAUCAUAAAUAUUAAUUGUGUGUGGCAUCCACAAAAUUCCAUUAAUGCAACUUUUCUUGUGCAUUUUUUAAAGAUCCAAUUUUAUUGAUAAAAAUAUUAAUCAAAUACGACUUGACUGUAGUGAAUAACAGCCAAAUCGUAAAUAAGAUAACCAAUACAGAAUGUAUCAGAGUUAUGUUCUUGGCGUUAAACAUUGUAUAGAUGUAAAUAGUUGUUACAUGCUUUACUGUGUGGGCCAACUUGUUCACUUGUCUUUUGUAAGCUGAGAAUAAAUAUUAAUUGUCAUUUUUAUUAUUUAUAAUUUUUAUUUUACGAAGCACACCAACAGAGACGUCUGUCCUCACUGGGUGCUUAUUGCAUUAACACUGAAGAUGAAAUAUUAUUGACAAGGACCAAAAUUGUGAAAUGGCCGUUGUUUUUAGCAUAAGUUGUUACUUUACAGACUUCUGUGUCCUAUUGAGGUAUGCUAACUUUCUCUCCCAGAUAAACCUGAAGUUAUUAACAGUUGUCUUCAUGGCCUGAAGAGACUAAUUUUAAAUAGAAAUUAUCAAGAGUUGUCUUCACGACAGUUUAAAAGAGAGUGUUUUAUUACUUUUAAAUAGAGUUAUCCAAGAGUUGUCUUCACGACAGUUUAAAAGAGAGUGUUUUAUUACUUUUAAAUAGAGUUAUCCAAGAGUUGUCUUCACGACAGUUUAAAAGAGAGUGUUUUAUUACUUUUAAAUAGAGUUAUCCAAGACUUGUCUUCAGGACAUGAAGUGAGUGGUUUUGAAUAUGUUAAACACGAAUCGUUUGACCUUCCAUACAGCCCCAAAACCGUGCCGGACAUAUAAGUGUUAUAUUUGUUCUCAAAAGUAGUUUAUUCCAUCAGCAACAGGGCUAGCUCUGGGUCAGCAGAACAUUUUGCCAAAUUAUCCAUUAAACUUACAGAAACCCAGUUAUUUUGUAACAAAAUAUCAAUUAUUACAUGAAAUUAUUUCACCAAUUGUUUUUAAAAUUUGCAAUUGUCAAAUUCAGCGAGUGCCAGGGCUAGCCCUGAGCAACAUAGUCUGCAUAUUUAUUUUGAUAGGUGAUUGAAUUGGGGCUAUGUAGCAAUAAAUCAGAGAUACGUGAGUCGUAGGAUGGAAUCAUCUAGAUGUGGGGGGCCCUUUUUUGUUUUCUCUCCCAUUGCCCUAACAUAACCCUACAAUAGGCAUAUCAAAGGCUGUGGUAUGUGCUGUCCUGUUCAGGAAACUGCUUUGUUUGCCACACCACAAAUACAUUUAUAGCCUUGAAUGGUUCAUGAAGGUCAAAUACCGUGCAACCAUGCCUGUAAUAGUACAGGGGCAUCUGAAAGAAUUGGGUAUGCAAGUGGGUGUCCCCCUGAUUGCUGCUUUUAAAAAUAGUUUUACCAAAAUAAUAGGGCAGCAGUUGUUGCCUCCCAUGCCCAUUCUGUUGUAUUCCGACUUGCAUUCAUGGAUGUUGAAAAGCAGGAAUAACCAAAUCAUUCAUAUAGUUGUCACUAGGUCUUGUUUAUUGACAAACCUAAAAGGAUUUACAUUGGCCGUGCCAGGUUUUUUUUAUAUUAUUAUUAUUUUUUGUAAGAUGCCAACAUACUUGAUAUUGUUCAGUUAUCAACAGAACAUUCUCCUUGGUGCUGACAAAUGUGUAUGGGUACAAAACAUCCACAGAAUGUUUCCUUUGACCUGCUAAUACACUAGAUUCUGUUCGGUAUCAUCUUUCAGGACAUCAGAGGUCCAUGCUGUGGUUUUGGGUUCCUUUCAGACACUGACACAUCAGACUGUAUCUUAGAUGGCACCUCUAGUGUUUGUGCUGAAAUUGCUUCUGUUAAUGGCCAGUAACAUUGACAAAACUCUUCAGUAUAAAAACUAAAUAAAAUUCAUAACUUGUAUUUAUUUUUAUUAUAUAAAUAUUUCAUCAGAUUGUCAAAACUAAAUAAUAAAAUGUGAAGGAGAAAGAAAAAAGAUUUUUGAAAUGUAUUAAAACAAAUCUGUUAAGUCUCGGUUUGCAUUGCUGUGUUCUUUGCUGGUAAGAUAAUAAAUCAGCUUUGUGCAGA